AUGGCUUGGAAACAACUCGAGCCCACGGGUCCGCAUGUCACAUACUUGACAGUCACAGGAUUCCUUAUCCUCUACGCGCUCUUCUCGCUGUUGAUACGGAACCGGCUGCAUCUCUCAGAGCCACCGCUUGCCACCGUCUUUGGUAUCAUUACUGGACCACGCGCAUUGAAUCUGAUCAGGCCGUACGAAUGGGGCUUCAACGACGAGAUUGUCCAGGAAAUCACCCGCCUCAUCGUAGGCAUUCAAUGUUUCGCUGUUGGUCUCGAGCUGCCUGAUGGCUACUUUACGCAAAAGUGGCGCGCAUUGCUUGUGCUCUUGGGCCCGGUUAUGGCGGCAGGAUGGCUGAUCUGCGCCGGCUUCAUCGUAGCCAUCUUCAAAACUGACGUUGCGACCGCAUUAACCAUAUCGGCAUGCCUCACGCCCACAGAUCCUGUUCUUGCUGCUUCCGUGCUUUCAAACAGCCAAUUCAGCACUCGAGUUCCAAAGCGCAUCCGGGAUCUGCUGAGCGCGGAAAGUGGGUGCAACGAUGGAGUCUCGUUCCCGUUUCUCUACAUUGGUCUCAAUCUCAUCAACAAGAGCACAGCUGGUGGCGUCCUCAAGGAGUGGUUCCUCAUUACCGUUCUCUACCAGUGUGCGCUCGGUAUCACUCUUGGUACGGUCUUGGGCUACUUGUUCAAUGCGCUGUUCGUGUUUUCCCACAAGCGUGACAUGAUGGGCAGAGCAUCCUACCUAGCCUUCUACCUUCUCCUCGCUGUUUUCUCGAUCGGGCUUGCAUCGCUUUUAGGAGUCGACGAUUUUCUCGUCGCGUUCUGCGCUGGCUGUGGCUUCUCCCACCGUGGCAACUCGCCAACCGCCGAGACUCGUCUGCCAGUCAUCAUUGAUUUGAUGAUCAACUCCGCCUUCUUCGUCUUCUUUGGCGCGAUGAUCCCCUGGGAAAGCUUCAAUCAGCUCGAUCUCAUAACACCAGGACGCCUGGUUGGAUUGCUAGUUCUCGUCCUCGCCUUCCGACGCAUACCAGUUGUAUUUGGCUUGUACAAGCUCAAGUUCCUGCCCGCCGUCCGAACAGCGACGGAAGCCAUGUUCGUCGGACACUUUGGACCCAUGGGCGUAGGCGCUAUCUUCCUCGCCAUCGAAGCACGUGCUCAGCUCGAAACCGAGACCUCGCUGCCCCUACCGCAUCCUCCAGCGGAUAUGGACCCGAAGAAACAAAGAGCUGUCACCCUGGUUUGGCCAAUUGUGUGCUUCAUUGUCCUUGGAAGUACAUUGUUCCACGGUCUCAGCACUUUGGCGAUAAGUGUCGGUGGUCACUUUUCGAGACAUGAGGGCGAGCGAGCGCCGCUGAUUGGGGGCGAACGAGAAGGUCUGCAUGGCAUGAUUUUUGACGAAGGCGAGGAUGCUGCGACGAGUGAUAACGACGGAAGAGACGAUGAUGACGAAGCUGAGUAUCGCGGAUACAACCAGGGACGUCUUUAG